AUGGAAAGUGAAAAAAAUGGAUUUAGGCGGUAUGUUUUAAGAACAUAUACUUUUCAUAGCAUUAAAAAAAAAAGAAAGGGAUCGGAUUUACUUACCUCGUUCUCUCCGUCUUCCCUUUCUUCUCCACCUCCAUCGAGCUCAAAGCUCUAUCCACCAUCUCCGACUCGUUUCUCCAUCUUCCCUUCCUCUCUACAUCCUCUCUCCACCAUCUACGACUCCAUCGCCCACCAACCCUUCCUCCCCACAUCAUCUCUCCACCAUCUCCGCCGCGUUUUCUCCAUCUUCCAUUCCUCUCCACAACCUCUCUCCACCAUCUCCGCCUCGAUCUCUCAUCUUUCACCAUCCGUAAUCUCGUCGCUCAUCCUAACAGAGUAUACAAUUGGAUUCAGCCAUCAUCAUCUCCAAUUUCAAAUCCGAGACUCUAAUUUAAGAGUGAGGUGCGGGUUCGUGACUUCACAAGCUUGCGUCUUCUAUAUUCUGUCGAGGGUCCUAAUAAUGUUGGACAAGUCGUGGGUUCAUAUAAGUAGAGUUGAUUCUGCAUACGAGAGAGCUGCCCGAGCUUUUGUCAAUGGUGUUACUGAUAAGUUAGGAGUUAAUGGGAAGAUUGUAUGUCCAUGCGCCCGAUGUCGUAAUCUGUAUCGCCAUACAAGUGAGGAGGUUGUCUCUCAUUUGGUUAUAAAUGGAAUGGAUGAUGCUUACAAGGUACGGACGGAUUGGUUUCACCAUGGAGAUGGUAGCUCUGUUGAUGUAGUGGAUGUUAAAGAUAGAUGCUGGAAUGCUGAGAUUCUUAGUUUAUAUGAAGCUGCAAACUUUGUAGAUGAGGAUUUAGCCAACCGGGGUUCACAGUUACGUGAGUCAGUUGAGGGUGAGGACAGGAAAGAAGAUGAGUUUUUAGCAAAACUUGCAGAGGCUGAAACCCCCUUGUAUCCGACGUGUUCUAGUCAUAGCAAGCUAUCAGCUGUAGUUUCUUUGUUUAGGAUUAAGUCUCAGAAUGGGUGGUCAGACAAGAGCUUUGAUGACUUGCUGCAAACAUUGCCAAAUAUGUUACCUGAAGACAAUGUGCUGCACACAUCAACUUAUGAUGUCAAGAAGUUUUUGAAAACUUUUGAUAUGGGAUAUCUAAAGAUUCAUGCUUGUGUUAACGACUGCUGCUUAUUUAGAAAGAAGCUGAAGACGGCUGAGAGUUGCCCAACAUGUAAAGCGUCUAGAUGGAAGACCAACAUGCAUACUGGUGAAAUCAAGAAGGGUGUUCCACAGAAGGUUUUGAGAUAUUUUCCGGUGAUACCUCGUCUGAAAAGGAUGUUCAGAUCGGAGAAACUUGCAAUGGAUUUACGAUGGCAUUUCAAUAACAAGAGCACAGAUGGGAAACUCCGACAUCCAGUAGACUCUGUUACUUGGCAGUCAAUGAAUGACAAGUAUGUUCUCCACUGA